AGUGUUGUCAAACCCAAUAUUAAUCCAAAUGUAAUUCUCUUUUAUUUGUAUUUAUAUAUUAAUUAAAUAAUUUUAGACUGAAUUAUGCCUACUUGAUAAUGAUUAUAGAGUUCAUUCGUUUGUUUUUAUUUAUUUAAUCAAAUAAAAAGUGGAUGGAGAUUUUGUUUUUCUAUAAUUCCUAGUUUCUCUCUUUGAUUUCAACUAAAACAAUAUCUUGCAUGGAUACUCAGUUCUAAACUUCUGCCAUGGUAACCUUACUAUGAUGUUUUCAAACUCCUAUAAUCAAGAAUUUUGUUUUUUGAUUCUCAGACUAAAAUCUAAAUGCCAUUCCACUAUCUCUUUCAUUUUUUCAAAUUAUAUAUAAAUAAUGAUUCUUUCUUUGAAUCUUCUCAGGUCUUUUUAUAAUCAAUGAACAUCCCUUAGUUCACUUUCCAUCCUCAAUGUUUCCUUGGCUUCUGCAGCAAUCGAGUCGACAUUACAGAAUCUUAGCCAUGGCGUUGAAGUUCAAUUUCAGGACUUUAGGCCAGUUAAAAGCAGUCUUGAGGACCACUUACUUUUGCAUCAUUCUAGCAUUUUCCAUUUUCAUAAUGGCAUUAUUAUUCUCAAUGAAUAAACAAACCAAAGAUCGUGUGAUAUUUGAAUCAGACACAGCUCACAACAAAUCUUUUGCGAAGAUUGAGAUGACUGCAGGGCUGCUGUAUUAUCUGAAUUCUUCAGCAUCAAAUUUAGCCAGGGCUUUAAGUUCGUCUCUGAACGGCACUCAACUGUCAUUCGGUGAAAUUGCAUCAAAGGUUGCGCCCACAUUGUUUUUAGCGCUUUCUGCAGUUCCACAACUAUCACAAGUUUCAUAUAUUGGAUUAGAUGGUCUGGUUUUCUCAUUUUACAAUGACGAAGAUCAAACACUUGCAGUAUACUCCAACACUAGUUCAUAUUCUUCAUCCUGGUUUACAGUACCAGUAAAUCGCGACAACGGGCAGUUAUAUGGAGAUGCAGUUGCCUGCGAAACUAUGUUAACAAUAAAUGCUAGCUGGUUCGAGAAGGCCAAGAAUAGCACAAGUGGGUACUCCUCUAUAGGUACUGGAUGGAACAAGGCUCAGGAUAGCUUAUUUCUUAAUACUGCUGCUAUGGAUGGAAGAGGUGUUAUAUCACUUGGUUUUCCAACAAAAGCAAUCAUUGAUAAUUUCUCGGCACUCGAUUUCCAUGGAGGGUAUUUUCACCUGGGCACAGUGGAUGGACAGGUGAUUAUGCAGACAAUUCCCCCAGACACCCAAAUAGAUAUGCUGAACGGCUCCGUCACAGUGCAAAUUUUUAAUCCAAAUGGUGGAAAAAUGGGUCAGGACAAUUUAUCAUGCUUCUCUGUUGAUGGAAAAUUGAGACCACUUCAUGGAAAGAUUGUGGGAAACAGAUAUAUUUUUUAUUGCUCUAACCUCUAUAUUGCUGGAGUCCAAUCGGUGUAUGUACUGGCAUAUCCCAGAGAUGGGUUGGUGAAUCUUGUGCAGAGAAACAUCAAGCUAUCAACAAUACUACUAGCAUUAGUGUUUGUUUUCAUUUUUACCUCUUUUUUAAUCUACAUGGUCAUGACUGUAAGAGCAACAAAGAGAGAAAUGUUUUUAUGUGCUGCCCUAAUAAAGCAAACAGAAGCAACUCAACAAGCAGAGCGCAAGAGUAUGAAUAAAACUAAGGCCUACGCUGGUGCAAACCAUGAUGUGCGUGCCUCUUUGGCGGCCAUUACAGGUUUGAUAGAGCUUUGUCAAGAUGAUGUUAAAUCAGGCUCCGAGUUAGCAACAAACUUGGAUCAAAUGCAAAAUUGUACGAGGGAUCUCCUAGAAAUAUUGAACUCAGUUCUGGAUAUGAGUAAAAUUGAAGCUGGGAAAACAUCACUUGAAAUAGAAGAAUUCAACCUGGCUCAACUGCUUGAAGAUGUAGUUGGUAUGUAUUAUCCUUUGGGUAUGAAGAAAUGUGUAGACAUUGUGCUAGAUCCUUGUGAUGCCUCUAAACUACCUGACGUCAGGGGCGAUCGGAUAAAACUUAAACAGAUCUUGUGCAACCUGCUCAGUAAUGCCAUAAAAUUUACAUCAGCGGGUCAUGUUUCGGUCCGUGCUGUGGUCAAGAAAAAGAAUAUUGAAAAAGAGAUUAUUGCUUCUAGCACGACUGCUUUGAAGUUUUUAUCAUGGAUGCGUCGCAGGAAUAAGGAUGCUUGUACUGAUCUUGAUGCCUUUCAUACUGUCAAAGAAAAUCCAAAUGAAAUGGAAUUCGAGUUUGAGGUGGAUGAUACAGGCCAGGGAAUUCCCAAAGAUAAGCAAACAUCUAUCUUUGAAGACUAUGUUCAAGUGAAGGAAACAGCUAUUGGACAAGAAGGCUGUGGUUUGGGACUUGGCAUUGUUCAAUCUUUGGUACGUGUAAUGAAAGGAGAAUUAACAAUUAUUGAGAAAGAGCCUGGAGAAAGAGGUACUUGCUUCAGAUUUAAUGUUUUUCUUUCCACGUGUGAAUCUGAAUCUUUUAGUACUGAAGAAAGUCGACCCUCCAGUAGAUUUCAUCAGCAUUUUCAGUUCAUGUCACCUAAAUCGGAAGGAUCUCAUAUGAUAUUAUUUAUCAAAGGCGAUGAGAGGAGGAGAGUUUUAAAGAGGUACAUUGAGAGCUUGAACAUAAAGGUGACCAUCAUUAAGCAUGGAAGAUACUUUCGUUCUGAGCUGGAGAAAAUAAAGCGUAGAUUGGACCUUUCUUAUUUCGCUUCAGGAAAAACAGAUUCCAGUUCGGUUGACUACUUGAGUGCAUCUACAUCCAGUCAUUCAGAUCCAGAAGCAAACAGUAAGCGUCUCAGCAUUAAGGACGGAGCUGACUCUGGUCUGCCGCAAUUUAAGAAGACCAACUCCAAAAGUUCAUCUGGGAUCAUACUAUUUGUGAUUGAUUCCGAUGCUGUUAGCAGCUACCGUGAAUUUGAACACACUUUAGUCAGCUUCAGGAAAGAUAUUAUAAAAUCCUCAUGUAAAGUUGUGUGGCUAGACGAUCAAAUCUCACGUCAAGCAGGAUCUCAAGAGCAAGAUAGGCGGAUUUCAGAAGGCGAUUAUGUUACAUACAAACCUUUUCAUGGUUCACGUUUAACUCAAGUCCUAUCAUUGCUUCCUGAAAGAAAGGGUAAUCUCCAAUGCAACUUGCCAAAGUCUACGACAGGAUUAUCAAUUCAAGAACUCCGCACUUCUGUAGAUUUGAACCUUUCAAAUGUUUCGAGCUCCUCCACAUUCGAGAUAGACAUCACUUCCUCGUAUCAUCGCAGCUCAUUCCAGCAGGUAGUGAUGAAUAAACCCGAUGAAAAACACAAAGACAAACCUCUGAACGGGAAGAAAGUUCUAGUUGUUGAAGAUGCCGAGUUGCUUCGACGUAUAGUUACAACUACGCUGGGUAAACUUGGAGCAAAUGUUGAAGCGUGCACAAAUGGAGAAGAGGCUUUAACUCAAGUCUGCAAAGCUUUGAGCGAUCAAAAGAAGGAAGGAGACUCAAAAUCUAUACCUUAUGAUUAUAUUUUCAUGGACUGCGAGAUGCCAGUAAUGAAUGGAUAUGAAGCAACAAGAUUGAUAAGGAUAGAGGAGAGAAAACAUGAUGUUCAUAUUCCAAUCAUUGCAUUAACAGCCCACGCAAUGCCGGAGGAAGCAAGCAAGAGCAUUGAUGCCGGAAUGGAUUUCCAUUUGAAUAAACCUUUGCAAGUUGAUAAACUGUUGGGUGUAAUCCAAUCAAUUGGUAAUCAGUGAAGAAUUCCAACUUCAGUUUAGGUUUUAUUUUCUUUAAUUUCAUUCCUUUAUCAAAUAUGAUGUUAUAAGGCUGUCUUUGGGUAGGUAGAUAUUGUCCAUUUUCCUAGGGGGCAUUUACUUAAAUUCAUUCUAUUUGGUACAGCUUUUCUAAAUAAAGAUUAUGAUUAUUCUUUUUCUAA